AUGUCUGCAAGUACUUACAGUUUUGACCAAGCAAUGGACUUUGACAUCGUUCAGUCCGUGACGUCGACCCAGGACCAUAUCCCCAUGGUUCUUGGCGAGUCAGUGCUUCGUUCUUUUGUUGGAAAUGAUGCCAACAAGGCUCCUGCUAUCAAGCAGGAAUAUGAGGCCUUGCCGCUAAACGCUCAAAUCGUCAAUCCUGAGCUGACACCAUCCGUCGGAACUAUUUCUCCUUUGGAGAUCCAUACUUCCGUUUUGGAUUCUGUAUUGUCGACAGACUUUACUGAUGCUGACAACUCCCCCAUGUUUGAAUCUCCAGAGUCUGAAGAUCCAAACAACUGGGUUUCGUUGUUUGCAGAUGAAACUACUCUUGCUACCACUCCAGCCGUUUCUCGUGCACCAGCAGCCUCUGCCUCUCCAGUAGUCCCUUCGUUGAAGACCACCUCUGGAGACGAGCAACAGCUGACUGUUAAACAAUUCGUCGAGUAUCCUUCCGCUAAGGAUAAGCUUUCUCCCAAGUCAGUGGAGAAAAAGAUUUCUUUCAAGAAGGACCACUUAGGUGUUGUUGGCUACACUAGAAGACAGCGUUCCUCUCCCUUGGCUCCAAUCGUGGUCAAGGAUGACGAUCCUGUUUCUAUGAAGCGUGCCCGUAACACGGAAGCCGCUCGUCGUUCCAGGGCUAAGAAGAUGAAGAGAAUGAGUCAACUGGAAGACAAAGUUGAGGAGUUACUGAUUUGCAAGAGCGAGUUGGAAGCUGAGGUUGAGCGUUUAAAGAGUUUAGUGAAACAUCAGUGA